GGGCAAUAUAAAGGCAAUUGUCUUCACUGAUUGGGACAGGGAAGAUGAAGCGGGGCCGGGCUAGGUUCUGAGGGAGGGGCUUAUAGCGCCUCACUUUCCCGCCGACGGUUAGCUCCGUCACGUGACAUGGGUCGGAAGAUGGCGUCUCCCACAGACGGGACUGACCUGGAAGCAUCUUUGCUGAGUUUUGAAAAACUUGAUAGAGCCUCACCAGACCUCUGGCCUGAACAAUUACCAGGUGUUGCUGAAUUUGCAGCAUCCUUCAAAAGUCCUAUAACUAGCUCUCCACCCAAAUGGAUGGCUGAAUUAGAAAAUGAUGAUAUUGAUAUGCUAAAAGAAUUGGGCAGCCUCACCACAGCUAACCUGAUGGAGAAAGUACGAGGGCUACAGAAUCUUGCCUAUCAAUUGGGAUUGGAUGAGUGGAGAGGAAGGAAGAAGAGAACAAAAAAAUCAUUGGUGAUAUUUAGUUUAGAGAUUGAAAAGUGAACUCUUGUGUAUCCACUAGGCAGAAGCAGAGGAAGUCUGUUUGGUCAUCUGCUAGGCUUGAGAGGAACAGCUGCUACACUUUUAUCAAUUGAGGAAAGAAAUACCAUUAUCCUUUUUCAACUGGUAAUUUUUCACCUGGCAUAUAGCCUGUCGGGGACUUAGUGAUCUCAGCAGAAUAUACAUAUAUCAAUGAGUUAAAUUUAGUUCUAGAGAGCUUAGGAAUGACAGUUCUUGCUCAUGGUGAGCUUGGAUAGUAGCUCUGUUUUUUUUUUUUUUAAAUACCAAUAUCCUUGAAUUGUCAGAUACAUGGAAAGUGUUUUGGGUAUCAAAGAGAAAUAUCAACUCUCAUUUCUUCGUGUUUCUUCUACUGUAUAGGAGAAGCUAUAAAUAUGAUCUGGGAUACAAGUAAGGAGAUGGGAAGGUUAUAAAUGAUGAUAAAGUACCUCUAGCAAAGUCUUUUUCUAGUAAAACAUAAUGGGUGCCUUAUUAUUAAAUUUAACAUUCUGAGAGGAACAAGAGAUCUAGGAAAUUCUAGAGAAAUGUCCUGAAAUGAUAAAUAUUUUAUAUAAAGAUCAAUGUCCACCACAGCAUUUUUCCUAUAAUAGGCACUUAAUAGAUUUUUUGGUAAAUUUAAUUGAUCAUGGCCUGAUAAGAGCUGAUGGUUACGAUAAAAGAGGAUGAUUUGAAGUGUACAAUAGAAAGAAAAAGAACGGGAACAUUUGAAAAAGGACUGUUGAGUUUGAUAUAUUUAAACCUAGGAUUAGUUGUUAGGAAAGGGAGAAUAUGAGUAAAGAAUUCAGCCUGGGAAUUACCUAUGUAAAAGUAAUAACUGAGCUUGAGAAAUCAAUUGAUGAUUUGGUGAUAAGGAUGCAAAAGGGGAAGAGCUAAAAUGACAUUUCUCAUUCAGCACUUAAAAUGAUCAGUGGCUUUUGUCAUUUUUGUCCUAGUGAGAGUACCCACCAAAACUAUAACUUCUUACAUAAAUAUCUGCUGGCAGGACUUAAGCUGAAUAAAUUCUUCCUCUCCAUUUUCUAUAGCAGUAAGUCCACAAGCUCAUUGAUUUAUUGAAUAAAAUAAAUUCCUUUUUUUAAACAUACUUUCUCUUUGUGAAUUUUUUCUUGUUUAUGUAUGGUCAAAUAAGUAGGAGGUAGAAUCAUCUUUAAGUGACCUUUUAUAACUUUGACUAGAAGGUGUUAGAUGAGUACACAGGGACUUUUUUGUUUUGUUUGUAAAAUUAAAGCUUCUAAAAACCAAAGAAAUUGCAUCUGGCAACCCAGCAAAGCAAUCAUUUACUUUUAGCUUUGAAGUUAGAAGGAAGACAAAAGGAAACCACUAUUGUGUAGAAAAGAGUCUUGCCAAAGAGGCCAGCUAGUUAUUUAGGUUGAACCUCCAAAAGGUGGCUCAGAAAUUCUGUUUGAUCAAUCCACUCAGAAGUAUUUAUACUUGGAAAAGUGAUUUGUGCUAACCAAACAAGGGAUUCUUAAACCUGAAUGCAAGUUUGUGAAUUUAUAAUGAAGAAUUUGACUGCAGAGGGGACCUAGAUUCUUCCAUGAAUUGGACAGUAUAUUCUCUUUCUAGUAGAAAAGAGACCAAAUUAGUAAUAGAGGGAUAUUUAGUGAUCCUAGAGUAAGAGUAAAGGAAGAUGAAUAAUUUUAAUGGAUAGUGCCACCAAGGUAUGGUAGCUUGGUGCACCUUUCUUUAUUGUAGGGGAUAUAUAUAUGCUUGUCAAGUAGAAUGAAUCUUAUCUAGCACUUUAUCCUAUAAAUAAUAGUAACAUAUUUUUGUUCAUACAUUAGCUUUCCUUAUACAUGGAGGGAAUAGGAGAAAAGGCAAACAAUUCAUGUAAGCAAAAAGUCACUUUAGUAGAAAGUAGUUACUAGUGGGAAGACUUGGGAUUGGUUCCAAAGCCAUUUGGAUUAUUAAUUUGACUUAGAUCAGAUUUAUCUAGGUCUAUGGUUUGAUAAAACCAGAAUUGGAAAAGACUGAUAUUUUAAGUAAUUAAAAAAUAUUUGAAUCCAUUAAAGGGAAUAUCUUGGAAAGAAAUAUUUUUUUAAGACAAAAUAUAAAAUACUGUUUGAUACUGACCAAAUCAACUGUAAGAGUUAUUAGGGAAGCUAAAGCAUAAAGAAAGAAAAAUCUAGUUCCUGAAGGUAAAAUAAGUGGGGAAUCUUAACUGAGUAUACUUUUCUGAGUGUGUUUAUAGGGAAACAUUUUUUUUUGUACUAAUGCAUAAAUUUUUAGUGGCAACUUCUGAAAAACUGCUUCUGUUUUGAGUUAUAGACUUUCUUUCAGAAUGUAACUGUGAUUAAUGUCAGGCAUAUGGCUAGUGUCUAGAUACAAAAUAUUUUACCUAUGUGAUUGUUGGUAUCAUUGUGUACAUUUUGAGAAUGAAUCAGAAUGCUGUUAUCAAAGAAGAGAUUUCUGAAAAGCUCUGGGGCAGGGAAUUAUAAGUUCUCUGGUCUCUCAUACAGGUUACAUAAGUUUAUCUACUGUGGAGAAGGAAAUACUUCUGGGAGGAUGGAAUAUUUUAUUAUAAUGGAAAACACUUAUGGUUUUACAGUUUUCAAAACUGAUUUUUGAUUAAUGUAAUCUAUAGAAGCAGUCAUGUGAGAAUUCAGUACUAUUUCCAUUUUUGUACAUUUGAGGAAAAUAAGCCCUAGAAAGAUAUGAUUUCCUAGGAAUGAUCUACUGAAGGGAGUGGGGAGGGGGACAACUAACCACAGAUCUAGGUUCUAGUUUUGACUCUUCUACUUUCUGUGUGACUUAAGGCUAAUCACUCUGUACCUCAGUUUCCUAAUCUAUAAAAUACAAAUAAUGUCCUAUUGAAGAAUGAAAUGAAAAAUUAUGGCAGCGCUUUGAAAAGUUUCUUUUUAAAUAUAACAUCUUUAUUAUAAUAAGUAUAAUGAUACCAGAAUGGGACUUGAGUGCAGUUUGGGCCAAGUGACAGAUUUAGUUGUCAUUUGUCUGAUGGCCAGUCUAAUUAGAUUUGGAAAGUUUCAUAUUAGGAAGUUGAUCACUAGGUGAUGUAUUGUGUCAAAUGCAAUAACUCAGGAAAACUCUGCAAUGCAUAGAGGAGUUGUGAUUCUCUCCUCUGCUGGAGGGAGAGCCCAACAGUGUUUUGACCAUGGAUCCUACAAGUGGAAGCAUAAUUGAAGUGUAAUACUCUGUUGAACUUACAAGGGCAAAGAGGAGGCUUUGCAGACUUGCAGUCUGGUGUGCUUUCUGCUAUUAAUUUAGUGUUUUAUUGUGGCUGGUGUGAAUCUUCUCUAGUUCAGAGUAUUGUGUAAAUCAGUAUUGGGAAGAACAGUCAAGGGCUGGGUCAUAGUCCCAUUUUUACCACUGAGUUCAUGUGUGAGCUUGAACAAUUCAUUUCACUUCUCUGGGCCUCAGUUUUCUCAUCUGUUAAAUUCAUUUUGGUUAGAUGAACUUUAAGUUGCCUCCUGACUUAAAUGUACCCUCAUUUGAAGACUGAAUUAUUAUCAAUCCUUUUUUCUUCUCUCUCACUUAGUUGUGCACACGUGGCCCCUUCCCCCCCCAACAAUUCAAGGAGGCACAAAUUAAGAAUAUUUAGUACCUGUAUUCAAUCAACGGUUGGCCUUUUUUUAAUCCAAGCCUAUGAAUUAUUAGUUAUUAAGAACUUCCAGUAUGAAGGAUACAGCACUGAACACUGGAAAUAGCCUUAAUGCUGGAAUCAGAGAACCUAGGUUCAAAUCCUGACUUGCAUCCUAAUUCCCUGUGGGAUUUUGGGCAAAUUAUUACCCUCCUUAGACCUCAGUUUCUUUGUCUUUAAAUUGAGGGAGUUAAACUCCAUGUUCAUCAAGAUCUAUGAUCCUGUAAUGGUCUUAAUUCUUCCAUAAAUGCCCAUUAGCAGGUAGGCUGUAACUUAUGUCUUAGAAUUUCAUUGGGCCACCAGAAGAUUGAAUGGUCAUCCAUCUCAGAUGUGUCAGAAGCCCCAGGUACAGUGCUUUAAUCUGGGCUGAGAUGACUGACAGAAAGAUGUGCUCUCAAAUAAAUGUUUGUUUUAAAAUACAAAUUGCUCAUUUCAUGAUCUUGGAAUGCCAGUAGCGUAGCAAUAAUAGUGAUGUCAAGCUUGUAAUGCCCAUCAUUUUUUUUCUAAAUCCUUAAUAUCUGUCUUAAUAUUGAUACUAAGUAUUGGUUUCAAGGCAGAAGAGCAGUAAGGGCUAGGGAAUUAGGGUUAAGUGACUUGCCCAGGAACACAUAACUAGAAAAUGUCUGAGGUCAAAUUUGAACCAAGAACUUCCUGUCUUCAGGCCUGGCUCUAUCUACUGAGUCACCUAUUUGCCCCAAUCUCUUAUCAUUUCUUCAAUAUUCUCUUCUCUCCUUAAGAAAUAUAACCUUCAUAUAUAGAUUGUAUGCUAUUUUGGGUAUUUGUAUCAUCCUACUUUUGAAUGCAGGCAGGUUUAUCCUUGUUUAAUCCCUUAAGAUAAUUAAUUUAUGUUUACCUUUUUGUAUUUCUCAUCACUCCUGUGUUUGAACUUAAAAUUUAUUUGCAUAUGAAACUCUCCAAAUCCAUUGAAGUCCUCCAUUUUGUUUGUGGAUUUUUUUUUUGCCUGGAGAAUCCUCCAGUUAUACUCAGUUUUUCUGAGUAAGUUAUGCUAGGUUGUAAGCCUUUAUCCUUUGCCUAAUAGAAUAUCAUAAUUCAAGUUCUCUACUCCUUUAUUGUGAUGGCUGCAAAAUCAAGCACUCCUUUAUCCCUUUUACCCAGAAAUGAUUUUUCCUUUUUUUUGUUCUCACUUUGCACAUCUAAUGCAUUGUCUUCUAUUGUGUAUUAGAAUUUUUUUGUGUCAUAUCCUUUUACUAGUUUGUAAAUUCUGUGAGGGCAGGGACCAUCCGUUAUGUAAUAAUUGACUUUGCCCCAGAGCUGAGCAAAAUGUUUUUCACAUAGUAAUUACUUAAUAAAUGUUAUUUGGAAUUGAAUUGAAUUACCAUUGGAUAAAAAUAGGUAAAUAAAGUGGUCUCUGUCUACAACUGAUGACUAAUACUGGAUUGGUCUCAGGUUUUAAGACCAUAUAGAGGUAAUGUUCUGAGUUGCCAGUUUUCCUUUUUAUUGCUUGUUAUGUUGGGCUCAGAUGUCUGGAAUUAGUAGCUUCUGUUUUCAGUUUCCUGCUUCCCCAGAUUGGUUUUGGGAUGAUUGUUGAUAGCAUUUGUGUUGAGUACAUUAUAUGUCUUAUUUCACUUAAAAAAAAAAAAGCCUUAGAUUUUUCUUUCACAAAGGAUAUUGUAACAGUAUACCCAACAGUUGUCCCCUGUGUUUAUUAGUCUUCACUAGUGGCAAUCUGUUGAACCUCAUUAAUUUAGGGAUAGACAGUAUUUCUUAUCAGCUGUGGUUUUCUCUACUGAAUGCUUACAGAAAGUGACACUGUUUUGUGAAUGAGAAUUUUGUUGUUGCUGUUGUUCUUAGCCUUUGUGUAUGAAAAGGAUCUAAGGAAAGGAUACCUUGGGGGUGGGGGAGUGGGCCAGAAGGUUAAGGAAGAUACUAGAAUAGGAAGUUUCCUGUGGAGAGCUUCCUAUAUUCCCCUACCUAAUCCUCCCUAUUGAAAACAAUAAAGGGGCAACUAGGUGGCUCAAGGGAUUAAGAACCAGGUCCAGAGAUGGGAGGUCCUGGGUUCAAAUGUGAUUUCAGGUACUUCUAGCUAUGUGACCCUGGGCAAGUCACUUGACCCCCAUUGCUUAGCCCUUACUACUCUUCUGCUUUGGAACAAUAACAAUACAAUAUUGCUACUAAGACAAAAGGUAAGGGUUAAAAAAAAAAGACAGACAAUAAGUUUAAAAUUCCCAAAUCCAAAAAACUCACCAAGAAUAAGAUAAUCUUAAAUCCCCUUUUCAGCUGCUACCUUGUUUCCCACCCCCACCCCCAUAUAUUCCC